UCGGAGCUGUUUGCAACAAUUCGUUUUUAGCACCAUACGUAAUGUCUGCUUUUGCGAUGUUUUUUGUAGCGAUAGGACUGGCUAUAUUUCAAAUAAGUAAAAUAAAUGGGGUAAAAGAUUUUGAUAUCGAUAACGUUUUGGGUCAGAUACACCAAGACGAUUCUUCACCUCGUCUUACGACUUUAGAUAGGUCACUGGAACGGCAGGAAAAUACGGAUGAUGAUUAUGAACAACUAGUUGAAAACAUAGUUCGAAGCCCUCAAGUUCAAAUAGGAUUCCCUUAUAAAGAGAAAUAUUAUUUAGUUAGUGGUAAAGGCCACAGGAAUAAACGGGAUCGGUUUCGAAAGUGGCCCUGGAGGCAGUAUAUUUAUGUUAAGCCUGCAUGGUUGAAGUCAGUUUAUACUCCAAGGACACAAAAUCCUUUGAAUAACAUGAAACAUGAAGAAGAUCAUAGCGAUCUUGGUGUCUAUUCUAAGAUUUACUUGGUACUUGAUCCAAAUGCUGAUAUAACUGAUUCAGACGUUGAAGAUUUGAGCAAUAUGGUGACAUCGGUACUCACAAAACCUAGUACUUCAAGGAAAACUUCACUGAAAGAACGUUUCCAAAAGAAACGACGUUACAAAGGCUACGUACUGAAAGAUAAUCGAAGACGAAUUCGCGAUUCAAAAGAAAUGUUUGCGGAAAAGGAUUCAAUAGAGCGUGGUUAUAGAUCGAAAAGACCCCGAGGAGAUUAUGGCGGUGUUGGAGGACGGACGCCUAUACCGUACAUCAGACAUCGUGAUGAUAUAUUUGAGAAGGAAUAAUACACAAAUAUCCAGCAACACACCCGAAGUUUCGUUUCAACAUGCCACAUGAGGUAUAUAGUGUGAUGUUGUUCGAAAUCUUCGGACCAAUCUGGAUCAGUUAAAUGCAUGAUGGCUUGAAUCGGCAUGACCAAUCCAAGCCGUACAGUUGGUUUAGUAUCUUCACGUUGCGUCGUGGCCAGUUUUGAUAAACGUGUGUGAAUGUGCGUUCUACCCAUACAAAAUUAAGAUUUGAUACGAGCCAAGUCAACAGGUAUUGACUUGGAAAAGAUUUGGAAUUAGAUAUUUUAACAUUUUCGUAAGCUGUUAAGUAGACAGGUACCAACAAUUUAAGAAAAAUGCUGUCUAGGAGUUGGCCCCUUAAACCGAAUAAUUUAAGUCUUUGG